AUGCAUUCGCCCACGUUGACACAGAAUGAGAGUCUGCAUGAAAGAACGUGUCUUAUCUGUUAUGGCUCCGAGUCUGGAAAUGCGCAAGAAUUGGCUGGUGACCUGGGUCACCUCGCCGAACGCCUUCAUUUUGUCACCCGUGUGGCCGAGAUGAAUGCCGUGGAGCUGGCUGAUCUCUCUCGAUUCAGCCUUGUCAUCUUGGUUAUAUCGACUACAGGCCAGGGUGAUCUCCCCGCAAAUGCGAGGGCGUUUUGGAAGAGCCUCCUUCGAAAACGCCUUCCAGCAGACUACCUUCAACAUGUAAAAUUUACCUCAUUUGGACUGGGAGAUAGUUCUUAUCCAAAGUUCAACUGGGCUGUUCGUAAACUUCAUAAACGUUUUCUCCAGCUAGGCGCCAAUGAAAUAUAUCCACGUGGAGAGGCCGAUGAACGUCAUCCUGAAGGACUUGACGGAUGCAUACUUCCAUGGGCUAUUGAUUUGAAGAAGCACCUUCUGGAGCGGUAUCCCUUGCCUAAAGGAGUGCACUCUAUCCCUGAUGAUGUUCUGUUGCAACCAAAGUGGACAUUGGAAUUUGUCAAUCUGCCAGAGGGCGGCAAAGCUUCCGAAAUUGAGCCCAAUAUAAAGCCUGCAGCUCAGCCAGCGGAGCCGAUUGAGACAAAUAGGCUGCCAGAUCCGGCCAUACUACCGAUCCCAAACACGUUGACGGCGACGUUGUCGAGGAAUGAGCGUGUGACGCCGUCAAACCAUUGGCAAGACGUUCGACAUCUUACACUGACCACAUCAGCCAAGUUGGAUUACUUACCAGGUGAUCUGUUGAUGCUCUUCCCGAAGAAUUUUCCAGAGGAUGUGGAGCAAUUACUGGAAUUGAUGGGCUGGACUUCCCAUGCAGAUGAGCCCAUCAAGUUUGUCCCCACCUACCCGUCUCAGAAUACACAGGCAUACCCUCCGCCGCCCGUCUCAAAUUUACUUCCAUAUCCUCAAUUGACCCUUCGAAGCCUCCUGACUCAUUAUUUGGACAUUACUUCGAUCCCAAGGCGCUCCUUCUUUGCUCUGGCCGCUCACUUCACCAAGGACACGAUGCAAAAGGAGCGGCUCCAAGAAUUUGCAAAUCCAGAGUUCACGGACGAGCUUUAUGACUACACUUCUCGACCGAGGCGAAGCAUACUUGAAGUCCUUCAGGAGAUGGAUACGGUCAAAAUCACUUGGAGAUGGAUCGCAAACGUCAUCCCGCCAAUACGCGGUAGACAAUUUAGCAUUGCGAGCGGUGGCAAUUUGAAGAGGUGCCCUAAUGGGAAUGCCAAGUUCGAGCUCUUGGUCGCCAUCGUCAAAUAUAAAACUGUAAUCAAAAGGAUUCGACAAGGCGUCUGUACUCGAUACCUUUCACAGCUGCCGGAAGGGACACAACUCAACAUUCUAUUGCAGCGAGGUGGCCUCAACAUGUCUGCGAGCGAGAUGCAGAAACCUGUCAUCAUGAUUGGUCCAGGCACCGGUGUUGCGCCAAUGAGGUCUCUGAUUUGGGAGCGGUAUGCUCUUGCCGAGGAGAAACAAAGCCCGGUUAAAAGGGACGCAGGGGAAUCUUCAGAAAGUGAAAGCUCUUCCCCUGUGGGAGAAAAUGCGCUUUUCUAUGGAUGCCGAAACCGUGAAGCUGAUUUCUUUUUCGAAAAGGAAUGGGAUGACAUUGGUUCAAAGAUGAAUCUUGAGGUCCAUGCUGCCUUUUCUAGGGAUCAGCGAGGAAAAAUCUAUGUUCAAGAUCUCGUAAGGAAGCAAUCGGAGCUGGUCUACCGCCUUCUCCAUGAAGCGCUUGGUAUCAUCUACAUAUGCGGGUCAUCUGGCAAGAUGCCUCAAGCAGUCCGUGAAGCUCUCAUAGAGGUCUUUCAAAAGGAAGGGAAGUCUGACCGCCAGAACGCGGAAAACUAUCUCUUGAAUAUGGAGAAACAAGGUCGAUAUAAGCAAGAGACCUGGUAA